GGCACGUGACGAAUUGCUCGUGACGCACAACAUGAACGUGCGCGCGCAUCCAAAAGGCGGCGGUGCGCGAGGGUCUGAUCGAUUAAGUCGCUUCUGAUGAUCAGUGAUCGAGAUCCCAUGGCGGGGAGGAGGAUCCGACGGUUUUGUGCAGAGGAGAGAGGCGUUGCCUGGUAACAGAAUCAGCGGCCACGAGGACAAUUGACUGCGCAUCUUCAUCAACAUCGUCAUCGUCAGCUUCCACGGUUCAAAUCUCUUAACAUUCCAAUAUCUUUGAAUGUCGCGUUUGCUGACUACUGUCCUACACGUCAUCCUGUCUGUCAAAAUAAGUUAAAGUGUCACAUGAUUGAUUGAGGUCACCAGCGAGUCAAUGCCGUGCUCGUGCUCCGAGUGGAGGCGAUGGAUCCGCCCGCUGGUUUUGGUGCUGUACGCAUGCCUGCUGGCGGCCGUGGUUCCGCUGUGUGUGUGGGAACUGCAGAAAGACAAGGUGGGGACUCAUAGCAAAGCUUGGUUCAUCGCCGGCGUCUUCGUCUUCCUCACCAUCCCCGUCUCACUGUGGGACAUCCUGCAGCACCUGGUGCACUACACCCAGCCCGAGCUACAGAGGCCCAUCAUCAGGAUACUAUGGAUGGUGCCGAUAUACAGUUUGGACAGUUGGUUGGCUCUGAGGUAUCCCAGCCUGGCCAUCUAUGUGGACACCUGCAGGGAAUGCUAUGAGGCCUACGUCAUCUACAACUUCCUGGUCUUCCUGCUCAACUUCCUUAGCAACCAGUACCCCAGCCUGGUGAUGAUGUUGGAGGUCCAGCAGCAGCAGCCCCACUUGCCACCACUCUGCUGCUGCCCGCCAUGGCCGAUGGGGGAAGUGCUGCUCUUCAGGUGCAAGCUGGGAGUCCUGCAGUACACUGUGGUCAGGCCCGUAACCACGGUGAUAGCGCUGGUCUGUCAGCUGUGUGGUGUUUACGAUGAAGCUAACUUCAGCUUUCGCAAUGCCUGGUCUUACCUCGUCAUCAUCAACAACAUAUCACAGCUGUUGGCCAUGUACUGUCUGCUACUUCUCUACCGAGCGCUGAAAGAGGAGCUGGCUCCCAUCAGACCCGUUGGCAAGUUCCUGUGCGUCAAACUGGUGGUGUUCGUCUCCUUCUGGCAGGCGGUGCUGAUAGCCUUCCUGGUGAAGGUGGGCGUGAUCUCGGACAAACACACCUGGGACUGGGACAGUGUGGAGGCGGUGGCCACGGGACUGCAGGACUUCAUCAUCUGCAUAGAAAUGUUCCUGGCAGCCAUUGCUCACCACUACACCUUCACCUACAAGCCCUACGUGCAGGAGGCGGAGGAAGGAACAUGCUUUGAUAGCUUUCUGGCCAUGUGGGACUUCUCAGACAUCAGAGCUGACGUCACGGAGCAGGUCCGCCAUGUUGGCCGCACCUUCCUUGGUCGUCCCAGCAAGAUGUACUUUGGUGCAGCGAACCGCCCCGAGCACAACGAGCACACUGGCCUCCUUGCGGACAACUCCCAAGACCCCGUCGCCGUGGCAGCCGCAUCCAUGCCUGUCUCGCCGUCUUCUACUGGGCGGUACCAAGGCCUCGGACACACUCCUGCCCCGCACUCUAUCUCGGCUCCGGCAGGAUUUACUUCAGCAUCUUGGGAGGACGACAGUGACGACUCGCCACCGCACGGGGGAGGCGGCCAAUGAGAGGGCCCUAUCUAGUGUACUGAGUGUAAAUAUUAACAAAUACAUGCCUGGCCAGCUUAAGACGGUUCUAAGUAGAACUUCAGGAAUGCAAAAAGAAGAAAUGGGAGCCAGAGACAUUUAACCUACUCACUUUUGUCAAGUGAUGAAAAGAUCAAAAGAUAGUCUUUAAAAGCCAAAAUCUCCACAAAAUGUGGAUUUCAUGUCAUUUUGUAUCAGGUAUUCACACUGUCAUGACGUCCUGAUGGCAAAGGCAAAAACAAAUUCUGUCUUAGAACAGGGUAGGGAAGUUGAGCUGCAUAAGUAAGGCCCCUCACAACAUGCUAUGGCUGCUGAGGUUGGAUGCAGGAAGCAUCAUUUUACAUUUUAUCAAAAAUCCUUAAGAUAGUUCACUUAUCAAGUCGUACACUCAAAAAAAAUUCACUCGUGCUGAGCCAGGGGAUCCCGUUGGCUGUCCGUCAAGAAAUGGGACAAUUGUCAACCCAAAUAAAGGCCAUUACUGUUCCUGACUACAGUCCAAUAACCAACAGAUGCUUCAGAAACCACCUUCAAAAGCCGCAUCUCCUUCAAUGCCACAAAAUUGCUUGUUGUGGGAUGUGGAAGAAAGAGAAAUGUAAUUAAUGUUACCUUGACUAAUGUAAUACAUGUACAUGCACCCUAUCCUUUUCCAGGAAAAGCUCCGAUACUUUGUUGUAAAAGUCUGAUCACCUCCCGGUGAGCUUGGGUAUAUAAUCUGCUGUCUUCGCAGUCAAGUUCAUUCAUUCAUUCACCAGAGCAUAAAAAUACUUGCUGCUGUCCAGUUGUCAAAAAAAAACCAAACUGGCAGGUGCCAUGAUCUAACUCAGUGCACUCAGACAGUAGACAAGGCUACAAGGCCGAGAAGAGAAGCCAGCAGCCUCACCUCAGGUUUCUGUCCUGUAUUUGAUCAGAAAAUGUGCAAAUUCAGCAAUUUUUACUGAAGAAAAAUGGUAACUGUUCACUUAAAAUAUUCUUUUCAAUAAAUGCUCAACAUUGUUGUCCCCAUUCCAUUCCAUUUUUCUCUGCUUAUCCGGGUCCGGGUCGCGGGGGCAGCAGUCUCAGUGGGGAAGCCCAGACUUCCCCGACCACCUCCUCCAGCUCCAUCGGGAGGACACCAAGGCGUUCCCAGGCCAGCUGUGAGACAUAAUCCCUCCAGCGUGUCCUAGGUCUUCCCCGGGGCCUUCUCCCGGCUGGGCAUGCCCGAAACACCUCACCAGGGAGGCGUCCGGGAGGCAUCCGGACUAGAUGCCCGAGCCACCUCAGCUGGCUCCUCUCGAUGUGAAGGAGCAGCGGCUCUACUCUGAGCUCCUCCCGGAUAACCGAGCUCCUCACCCUGUCUCUUAGGGUGAGUCCCGCUACCCUACGAAGAAAACUCAUUUCAGCCGCUUGUAUCCGCGAUCUCGUUCUUUCGGUCAUGGCCCAAAGCUCAUGACCAUAGGUGAGGGUGGGAACGUAGAUCGAACGGUAAAUUGAGAGCUUUGCCUUCCGGCUCAGCUCUCUCUUCACCACGACGGUCCGGUACAGCGACCGCAUUACUGCAGACGCUGCGCCGAUCCGCCUAUCGACCUCACGCUCCAACUUUCCCUCACUCAUGAACAACACCCCGAGAUACUUGAACUCCUCCACCUGGGGCAGGACCUCAUUCCCAGCCCGCAGGGAGCAAUCCACCCUUUUCCGACUGAGAACCAUGGCCUCGGAUUUGGAGGUGCUGAGUCUCAUCCCAGAAGCUUCACACUCAGAUGCCAACCGUCCCAGUAAACGCUGCAGGUCACAGCCCGAUGAGGCCAUCAGGACCACAUCAUCUGCAAAUAGCAGAGAUGAGAUCCUAGUGCCCCCGAACUGGACUCCCUCGACACCAUGGCUGGCCUAGAAAUUCUGUCCAUGAAAAUUAUAAACAGAAUCGGUGACAAAGGGCAGCCUUGGCGGAGGCCAACGUUCACCGGAAACAGGCUUGACUUACUACUGCCAAUGCAAACCAGGCUCCUGCUCCGGUUGUACAAGGACUGAAUGGUACGUAGUAGCGCACCACCAAUCCCAUACUCCCGGAGCACCCCCCACAGGACACCGCGAGGGACACGGUCGAAUGCCUUUUCCAGGUCCACAAAGCACAUGUAGACCAGUUGGGCAAACUCCCAAGUACCCUCCAGGACCCUUGCAAGGGUGUAGAGCUGGUCCAGUGUUCCGCGACCAGGACGAAAACCACAUUGCACCUCCUGUAGCCGAGGUUCGAUUAACGGUCGUACCCUUCUCUCCAGCACCCUGGAAUAGACUUUCCCAGGGAGGCUGAGGAGUGUGAUCCCCCUAUAGUUGGAACACACCCUCCAGUCACCCUUCUUGAAAAGGGGGACCACCACCCCAGUCUGCCAAUCCAGAGGUACUGUUCCCGACUUCCACGCAAUGUUGAAGAGACGUGUCAGCCAAGACAGUCCCGCAACAUCCGGAGCCUUGAGGAAUUCAGGGCGAAACUCGUCCACCCCCGGAGCUUUGCCACUGGGGAUCAUUUUGACUACCCCAGAUACCUCAGCCACGGUGAUGGAACGAUUGCUGUCCCCAUUUCUUCUUUUUGCAUUUUGAAGCUCUACAUUGAGAGUUCUUAAGAUCCAAAAUUGCAAAAUGCACAUUUUUUAACUGGUAUUAAGACUUUCAACAGUACUGUAGUUACUACAACUAUACACAUUUUCAUACAU